CCGCGGGAGAGGGUCCGGGCCGCUUUGCGAGCCAGCUCUGUGCCGGCUGCCUGUCUGCCCUGCUCCUUGCGCUCUUUCCUCCGCACCGUCCGCCCCGUCCCUCUGCCCCAGGAUGCCUCCCAACCUCACCGGCUAUUACCGCUUCGUCUCCCAGGAGAACAUGGACAAUUACCUGCGGGCUUUAGAUAUCAACGUGGUCCUGCGAAAACUGGUUUGCCUACUGAAGCCUGACAAAGAAAUCAUUCACACGGGGGAUCACAUGGUUAUCCGCACCAUCACCUCCCUGAGGGAUUAUGUGAUGGAUUUUGACCUGGGAGUCCAGUUUGAGGAAGACUUGGGACCUGUGGAUGGACGCAAGUGCCAGACAACUGUCUCCUGGGAGGGGGAUCAGCUGGUGUGUGAGCAGCUAGGAGAGAAGAGGAACCGAGGCUGGAGGCACUGGCUGGAGGGGGACAAGCUGCAUCUGCGCAUGACUGCUGAAGAUGAGAUCUGCGUCCAGGUUUUCCAGAAGGUGAAGUGAUCGCUCCCCGGAGGGAUGCCCGGACGGGACCCUCGCUCCCCAGUAUGAAAAAGAAA